GUAUGUUUCUCGCUGCUAUACCGGAAGCACAGGCGAGUUAUCGUAGAAGUAGCGUUAAGUUUAUGUCCAGCGUGAAACGGUGACAUUAACAGACACAACUCUCUUAGCCGGCCGAAACGAACUAGUCACAUCAGUUUCGUGGAUCUUUCAAGUCUCGUCUUGUUACGGGAGCCUGGUUUGUGUUAGCAGCGUGACUCAAAGAUGAAGCCGCCUCCUCGGAAAAGAACUAAACCGGACCGCAAUUUCAAACUUUACUCGUCACCGCAGGGUUCAGGUAACCAAGUCCCUAAAAAGUGGCGCCGAGCGGAACAGAACAAGCUCCUGAAUGGCCUGAGGAGGCUCAGCAAGACCGGCGGCAACCGAGAGAUAGACUAUGCCUUCCUGACAAAAUACGUUCCUAAUCGGAGCGUUUCAGAGGUCCGGUCUAUGGUGGAACUGCUGAAGCACAAAGUACUCUCAGGUGUGAGCCACAAGCUAAAGAGGAAGAGAUGGGAGGAGGAGAGCAGCCGAAAGCCGAUCGAGGUGUGGACCGACAUGGCAUCUGCUGUGGCUGGAACACUUGAGGAGCCAAUUUCCACAGCUUUCUCGCAGAUGCUGAUAGUCUCGUCCGCAGAGCCUCGCACCCUAAGGAACGGUGACCCUCCUCAGUUCCACAGUCUGCCCACAGACAAAGAUAGUCGCACUGUUCCCUGGAGACCAAUGCCUUGUUUGGCAGUCAAAGGUGAGCGUCCGAGCACAAACGCCGCCCAACCUCUUCAGGGAUUCAAGUCUCCAGCACCAGUGGUUAGAGUGCCAAUCAUCAAAAUCCGUCCGGCCCAGCAACAGCUUUCUAACACAGUCAGAACCUCUCUGUCCUCUGUCACUGUGACCCCACGCACCAGGCAAGCUAGAACCAGUUCUAGCUCUGCAGCAGUGGCGAAGACUCAGAUCUUCACCUCCACCAAAUCCACUCUAUCCAGGCCUCACCCGGCCCCCUCCUCCUCCGCCACCAGUCCAACAACAGUCCCAAGUGCUACGCCGUCCUCUGUUGCCUCUUCCGGUUCAGCUGCCUCUCAUUCCUCUUCCAGCCAGUCCACGCCCUCACUUUCCACACCCGCUGCAGCGAUUCGGGCCAGCUCUGGUCACACUGGCAAGUUUGCCACCAAAGACAGUCCCAGGAUGUUAGGUGUCAAGCAUGUGGUGGACUUUGAGAAGAUCUAUCGUUACCUGAGUUGCAUCCACAAGCCAAAUGAGGGCUGUUGUCUAACCCCCAUGGAAAGUGCUAUAGUGUUGGACUUGCUGAUGUCUCUCCCAGAGGAGCUUCCCCUGCUGGACUGCAACAGACUGCAGCAACAUUUGAUCCAGGUGUACCACAGUUUCUCAUCCCCGGCCAACUCCAAGGUUGCAAGAGAAAUGUUUAAAGAGAUGCAAGCGGAACUAGGCGCACGGACAGAGACGACGAGCGAUCCGGCCAGCAACGGAACGAGCGGCAGGCAGGACACCGCUGGGACUGCUGACAACAGUGACGUCGCACACAGUGGAGGGGAAAAAAUCAAGCCUGAUGAAGCCGAGAGCCAGUCACCAGGAAACACUGACGCAUCAAGCCAGGCGAAUGGCGCGGGUGUGAUGCCACCCCCUCUGAAUCCUUUUAUGAUCCCACUGAAACUGUUGAGGCGCAAAUAGGUCCGAAUCAAAUGUCCGAUUACAUUCAUUGUUUUGUUAAAUUAUUUUGUGAUCAGAUAGUUUCUAUACAUUUUUUUUUCUCAAUUUCUCGUUUAGCUGCCAUUAUUUAACACUGAUGCACUGAGAAGAUUUGCUUAUUUUGAAUUAAAGUGAAGCGUUUUGUAACGAGUCUA